GUCACCGUUAGUGGUGUUCCUGGUGAAUGUGUUGUUCAAUCUAUGGAGGAGAGAUUAAAACACGAACUAGAACAACCGGGAAAAUGGUAUGACUGGGUCGUCAUUCUAGGAGGAACAAAUGAUGUGAUCAAUGGAUACUCUGCCUGGGAUAUCUUUGAUGGUUUAAAGAAAUUGUAUACAUUAUGUUCAAAACACGGUGCUAGAGUAUUAGGAGAUCUUGUAAAUCAUCUUGACUACCAACGCCGUAUAGUAAACGAACACCUAAAUGUGUACAAUAAUAGCACUACAAGGAAUGCAUAUACACUUUUCCUCUUGGAUAAAUUUUUCCCAAUGCAAUCUUUAACGACAGAACAACGUAGAAUCUUUUGGGAUCAUGACGGUGUUCAUCCUACAGAGGAAGGUUAUGGUUUAAUGGGUGAUAUGAAACGUCUGGUUUGA